AUGGAACCAUCCAAGCACGCAACCAACGAGCCGAGGAUUCCUUCGGUCGAGCCAAACAACACAGAGGCAUCAUCAUCCAGCGCUGCAUCCCAGACAUCUGCUCCACCGACAGCACACUCGGUGUGCGAGGCAACGUCAAGCCUAGACACGUCUCCGGUGGAAAGUAGACCUCCAUCCAAACGAGAGUCUGCAACAGCAGACCCAGCACCGCCCUGCCCCCAAUUCAACCCGGAAGACUGGAGCGCCCCCAUCGCCCACACCUACACCGGCACCACGGUCCUCAGCUUCCCCGACGACAUGCACACCGUCACCAUCCAGGGUGCGCGAUUCCUCACCCACAUCUACACCUGCCCCAUCGGCGACCUCGACUGGGACAAAGCCAUCGCCAACAUGCUACAAUGGUGUAGUUUCGAGCAACACCGCCGUGCCCCCUCUUCGCAAGGCCACCCCCCACCAAUCCACGGCCUCCUCAAAUGCCCCCCCAUCAUCCAGAUCUUCACAUCCCUCCACCCCUCCACCUUCCCCACAGUCCCCCCCAAACUCAUAAGCACAGGCAAGUUCGUCCGCUACCAACCCGCCCAGAAAUCCCAGUUCCACAUCCCGCACGACCUCCGCGAGCUCCCGGGGCUUUAUCACGGGAUCGUCCAGCACGAGGAGCCCGAUGACUCGGUAGAGGAUGUGCCGAACCUCUCGUGGCUUUUUGUCGAGCAGUACGCGCCCAAGAAGUGGCGGUGGUAUCUGAAUCGGCGGGCUGUGUGGGAGGCGACCAGGCCGAGGCUGUCGGAGGAGCAGAUGGAGAUUUGGUGAGGUGAGGGUCGCUUAGUGGACUUUCUGGUAGGU